GUCGCGGGCUGCGGGAACUGACUGGAAGCUCCUUGGCGCUGCCCCCCUCCCGCCCCCCGGGCCGAGGGGCUGCUAUGAUUGGACGUGGCUGCGCCCGGCCGGCCAAUGGUGAGGCGGCGGCAGCUUCCCGGAAGUGGCGGCGCGGCCGGCGGCAGCUGGGGCUUCCGUUGCUUUCUAGGCUGGGGGCCAGUCGGGCCGGGUUGGCGGACGCAAUGAGCUGCUUCGAGGGGCAGAUGGCCGAGUAUCCAACCAUCUCCAUAGACCGCUUCGACCGGGAGAACCUGAGGGCCCGCGCCUACUUCCUGUCCCACUGCCACAAAGAUCACAUGAAAGGAUUAAGAGCCCCUACCUUGAAAAGAAGGUUGGAGUGCAGCUUGAAGGUGUACUUAUACUGUUCGCCUGUUACUAAAGAGCUGUUGUUAACGAGCCCGAGGUACAGAUUUUGGGAGAAACGAAUCAUAUCCAUUGAAAUUGAAACUCCUACCCAGAUAUCUUUAGUCGAUGAAGCGUCAGGCGAGAAGGAAGAGAUUGUUGUGACUCUCUUACCAGCUGGUCAUUGCCCAGGAUCAGUUAUGUUUUUAUUUCAGGGCAACAAUGGGACCGUCUUGUACACGGGAGACUUCAGAUUGGCAAAAGGAGAAGCUGCCCGAAUGGAGCUUCUGCAUUCCGGGGGCAGAGUGAAGGACAUCCAGAGUGUGUACUUAGACACGACUUUCUGCGAUCCGAAAUACUACCAAAUUCCUAGUCGGGAGGAGUGUCUGCACGGGAUCCUGGAGCUGGUUCGCAGCUGGAUCACGCGGAGUCCCUACCACGUAGUGUGGCUGAGCUGCAAGGCCGCCUACGGGUACGAGUAUCUCUUCACCAACCUCAGCGAGGAGUUCGGAGUCCAGGUUCACGUGAAUAAACUAGACAUGUUUCGAAACAUGCCUGACAUUCUUCAUCAUCUCACAACAGACCGUGACACUCAGAUCCAUGCGUGUCGGCAUCCAAAGGCAGAGGAAUAUUUUCAGUGGAAUAAGUUACCCUGUGGCGUUACCUCCAAAAAUAGAAUUCCACUCCACACAAUCAGCAUUAAGCCAUCCACUAUGUGGUUUGGAGAAAGAGCCAGAAAAACCAAUGUCAUUGUGAGGACUGGAGCGAGUUCGUACAGAGCCUGCUUUUCUUUUCACUCCUCCUACAGUGAGAUUAAAGAUUUCUUGAGCUACAUCUAUCCUGUGAAUGUAUAUCCAAAUGUCAUUCCGUUAGGCACAACUAUGGGUAAAGUUCAAGAAAUCUUAAAGCCUUUAUGCCGAUCUUCCCAAAGUACUGAGCCAAAGUAUAAACCACUUGGAAAAUUGAAGAGAGCAAGAACAAUCCACCUAGACUCAGUUUGUAUUUCUCAUGAUGCCAGUGAACCCUUCCCUCAAACCUGAAGCCUGUACAUAUCUGCAAACGGUAACAGCAAAACGUACCAAGCGUGUUUGUUACUGAGGUAAAAGGCGGCGCCUCAAGAGCACGAGCCUCCCGCACACUGUGCGCUAUGAGAGAAGCGAGCGUACCUCUCCGACAUACUCCAUGACAAAGCUCCUUCUCCUAAUCUUCACGAGGGUCUUUACGCCCCAGCCACAGCCAUUGCUGGUCCGAAAGAUGCAAAGUGAAUACUGCGUGCCUUUUUGGACAAUCCUGUUGGGACAAUCGGGUCCACACUGACACCUUGAGUUGCAUUCGUAAAUGGGGGUGCCAGGUGGGAUUUUAAUUUGCUGAUUUUUAUUAUAAGCCAAAAGAACUCCAGCUUCAGCAGGACAACAUUUCUCAAAGAAGCAAUCUGUGCACGAACAACCAAAGGUGGCUUCGUUGACUAAGCUGAUUCCAGGAGCUGGUUUGUAUUCAUUAAUGUAGUAGAAGUCUGAAGGGGGGCCCUCUAAGUCCACAGUAUUUUCAACAAAAAUCAUUCCUUUGUGAUUCUUCCUUCUGUUGAGUUCAUCCUGCCAUCUCUGCAGAGCUAUCCUUUGUUUAGCCUUCUUUACAAUGUAUUCAGCAAUGGCAGGUUUCAAAGCUCUGUGAUUUUCUUUUAGAGUUAUUGCUUUGCCUUUCUUUACCUGAGAUAAAUAAUUAUGCUUGUCAUUAGAGAACUGCUGAAGCAGUAAUGGGCACUUGAGAUUUUGCAAAGGUUCCCAAGUAUUUGUAGAAUCUGGCCAUCCUUUCCAUUUUACAAGAUAAUAUUCCAUAUCCUUAAAAUAUAAAAGAAAAUGCAAAUCAGAUUAUGACAGACCCAAUUACUGAAAAGAAUUUAAUAUCUUAAGGAGUAAGGUAUUAUCAUUUUUCUUAAUAAAGUUCAGAAUACACAGUCACAAGUUACUAGCAGAUGAAAUACAAAUCAUAAAAAUAAAACUAUUUUUCUUUAUAUUACAUAAACUAUGCAUAGAAUUUAGAUGUGGCAUGACGUUUGACCAGAGACAAACGAGUCGCACCUGGAGAAAGAUAAAAGUACUGAAAGUCAUGAAUAUGUUACCAAACAGUGAUCAAGUGACACAAAAUAUAUUGAUCUUGAUCAUGGAAAUAAGUUGUCCCAAAAUGAAUAAUUUAUGACCCAGCUCAGUGGCUUGCUUGGCCAGCACAGAUGUAGGCAUCCUCUAAGGUCCGUAAUUUCAUAUUUUACACUGGCUGUGAGGGAAGUUCUUUUUCUCAAUGUCCUGGGCACACAUCCCCUAGAUUUUCUAGAGUGAACUGUUCUUCCAUACAGUCAUUCCUGGCUGCAUGUGGCUAUGGAGCACAGGAAAUGUGGCUAGUCUGAAUUGAGAUGUGCUCUAAGUGUAAUACACACUGCACUUCAACAACUCAGCACAAAAAAAUAACGCACAAUAUUUGUUAAUUUUUAAAAAAUAUUUCUUAAUGUGUAAAUAUCGAUUACACGUUGAAAUAAUAUUUGGGGUUAAAUUAAAUGUAUUACUCAAAGCAAUUUCACCUGUUUCUUUCCAUUUUGUUUAACGUGGUUACAAGGAAAUUUAAAAUCAUAGUCGUCCUUCGGUAUUCACCAGAGGAUUGGUUCCAGGACCCCUCUCAGAACCCAAAAUCCACGGAUGCUCAAGUCUCAUAUGUAAAAUGGCACAGCAUUUGCAUAUAACCUACUCAUAUACUUUAAAUCAUCUCUAGAUUACUUACAAUAUCUAAUAUAAUGUGAAUGCUAUAUAAAUCGUUGCCAACACAUGGCAAAUUCAAGUUCUGCUUUGGAACUUUCUGGAAUGUUUUUCUUUUGCAAGUAUUUUCGAUCCGGGGUUAGUUGAAUCCUGGGAUGCAGAACCAGAGGACACAUAGGGCCGACUGUAUACAUAUGUAGCUUGUACUAUAUUUCUAUUGAACAGCACAAUUCCAGAGAGUUCUUACCUUAGACUCACCCGCGGCUGGAUUAGGUGGCAGGCCCUCAAGGCACCAAAGAUCAAAUACUUUGACUUAUCCCUCAGACUGCUGCUGGCCACCAUGGUACCUGAAAUCUUGCCUUCCCACCCCAGUGACUGGCUACGUUUUCUUCCCUUAAAGCCAGGCAAUGCUAUGUUAAGUUUCUCUUAAAAAAGGUAGUCUAGUGUACGUAAGAAAAAAAUUUUUCAAGUAAAGUCUCUCAAUUUUGUCUUUGUUCUCUGGAAUAGUGAACACAUAUCCACGAGUGCUAGGGUAAAAGGCCUUCUGAAAUAUGAAAGUGAUUAAACUGCAUUCUACGGUUUUUAGUUAUUUUAAUUCAUAGAUAUUGAUAAAAACUUAACUGGGAUACAUUUGCUUUUUCCUGAAAUUUUUAAUAAAGGUUUUAUUAUAAAGUAAGGAUGUUUUACUAGUCAGUUUAUUAACGCCAAGUGGCCUGGCAGGUCUAGGCAAUGUGGUAUAAGCCGCACUGUGGAGGCACCACUGGGGGAGGGGCACUGAGGCAGCUUUGCAGGAGGUCACCUGACGAGUGAGAGGGCUUAUCUUCACUCGAGGUUUUAUUAUAUUCUACCCGAUAAGCAGUAAUGCUUGUUAAUUAAAAGACCUUUGCUUCUUUGUGAAAACGGUCAAAAUAUGUUUUGUUAAAAAAAGUGGCUCAAUUAUGGUGUGCGCAUAUGCACAAAAACUGUACUUCUAUGAAAAUAUAUACUAUGAUUCCAGGAAAAAAAAAGCCUAGACAUAUACUGAAGUGUCAGUCAUACUGGCUCACUAAAACGUAACAUGGAUUUCUCCCUCCUGAGGUGACUACUACAAUUCGGGAUUGCUGUUGGCAGAUAUAUGCUCAAUAAUAAUGAGAUCCACUUGGCAGUAUCUAACAUUACCGAUUCCCCUUAAUUAUGAAAGUUAAAAAUGUUUCUGAUUCCAAAAUAAAGCAAUGCAACCCUGGUCGUCUUUUUUUUUUUUUCCUGCUGUAGUUUUUCCUACCAUAGCCCUGGGUUAUACCAAAGUUACCAGCAAACAAUGAAAGAAA